GAAUACUUUGAGUAUGAAGCUGAGGAGUUCCUUGUCUCCUUGGCCUUGUUGAUAACUGAAGGUCGAACACCUGAGUAUUCAAUCAAGGGAAGAACAGAGGGCUUGCAUUGCCCACCAGCACAAUCAAGUCAGCCACCAACAACUAAGCAUGAAUGCAGUGACAAACUGGCUCAGUGUCGUCAAGCCAGGCGAACCAGAUCUGAGGUUAUGCUACUGUGGAAGAACAAUAUUCCAAUCAUGGUAGAAGUUAUGCUACUUCCAGACUGUUGCUAUAGCGAUGAAGGGCCUAACACUGAGGGGAAUGAUUUAAAUGAUCCUGCAAUCAAACAAGAUGCAUUGCUAUUAGAAAGGUGGAUUUUGGAGCCAGUUCCUCGACAGAGUGGAGACCGAUUUAUUGAAGAAAAGACCUUGUUACUGGCCGUUCGCUCCUUCGUCUUCUUCUCUCAGCUAAGUGCGUGGCUGAGUGUUUCACAUGGUGCUGUUCCCCGAAACAUUCUGUACAGUGACCUUCUGUGUUGUUUCAGGGUGAGCGCUGCAGAUGUGGACUUGCAAUGGACCUUCACCCAGACGCCAACUGAGCAUGUCUUUCCUGUUCCUAAUGUUUCUCACAAUGUGGCCUUGAGGGUUAGUGUGCAGUCCUUGCCCAGACAAUCAAACUAUCCAGUUUUGACCUGUAGUAUUCACACCAACCUUAGCUACUACGAAAAGCGAAUGCAAGAGCGUAAGUUUCAUCAGCACAGCGAUUCCAGUGUGGCACAGCAAUGCAGGACCUCCAGUCCACAGCGCUUCUGUGGGAAACAGACAUGGACAAUGACACCUGAAGGCAUACUUAAUGGAAAAAAGACAUCUGAAUUUACUACAUCUAUCAGAAAUUUAAAACUUUAUCCAUCUGCCAGAUUUGGAUCUGACUUUGGGGCAUCUCAGUCUAAACUUCAGUACUACAAUGCUACAGCAGACAAGAUGGCACAAUCUCAUGAAACACCUGUCAGAACUUUUAAAUCAUUUUCUCUAGUUGAUUCACGUAUUUCAAAUAGUCAUUGCUCUCAACAGCCCACAGCAGAAACCAAUCCUUUGAUAGGCUCUUUACUUCAAGAGCGACAAGAAGUCAUUGCAAGGAUUGCUCAGCACUUGAUUCACUGUGAUCCAGCUACUUCACCAGUUGUUGCUGGACGUCCAUUCAACAUACACGAAAACAGUUCAGCUACACCGAAAGCUUUUCGAAGUACUUACGAAGAUGAAAACUUGCCAAGGAAAGUCAAGGAAGCCUCUCCUGUUUCUACUGCCAGCUUAGACAAUGCAGUACAAGAAGAUGGUUGUGAAGGCAAGACUAGAGCGAUACCAGAGAUCACAGUGCUCAAUGCUCGUGUUCCAGUGAACCACUGUGGCCGUCCAUCAGCAGGAGAGAGUAAUCCCCUGAUCGAUUCUCUGCUCCAGGAGCGGCAGGAGGUGAUAGCAAGGAUUGCCCAGCACUUGAUUCAUUGUGACCCAGCUACUUCUCAUGUUGCUGGACAUCCGUUCAAAGUUCAUGAGACUAGUCCAGUUACUUCAAAAAUUUUCCAAAGUACAUAUGAAGAUGAAAAUUUGCUGAAGAAAGGCAAGGAACCGUCUUCUGUUUCUUUUGCUAAAUCUGAUUUUUCUCUGUUAGAAGACAGCAGUAAACUAAGGACGAAGACACCUGAUACUCCUAUCAGUCCUUCUAGGUUUGAUGGAGAACUGAAGGCUUCUCUGAAACUCCAAGCAAGAAGAAAAUUGGUUUUGGCAAAACCCAGUGAAGCUGUCCAAAAUACAUUUCAUCAGACUUCAAAUAAAACUUCCCAUGUAUUUGCUAACAUCGACAAAUCAUCAUCCUGUGUUAAAGAAAACAAAUCUGAAUUGCCGGAUAAAUUGGAAACAAUGCAUGCUGGUCAUGCACAAAAAGACCAGAUAAUCAAUAGAGUUAAACAGUAUUCAAAUUUCAGCAGCAUCGAUGAACAGAUUUGCACAAAUAAACUUAAAGAAAGAACAAUGGCUAGUGAGAACAACAAUAUGGACAGUUUUAACAAGAUACAGAUAGAUAAAUGCAGAAUACUUGAAGGUACAAAAAAAGCAACUGUGAUGCAGAUAUCUGACUCUUUACACAAAAAUGAGCUCAAGUGUUUGGAUAAAGACUCAAAACCCCUAAAUAUUUAUGAGCAAAAUACUCAGCUUAUUAGUAUUGAAAAUUAUUUAAAUAAAGACCAUGACAGUUUCAAAAACAAGACCAAACAAGAUAAAAUGAAAACUGCACAUGAUGAGAACGAAGACCCAAUAGGCCUCGAAUUCCAAAGCACUUCUCAGAAGAAAGUUCCAGAAGAUGGCAUAGUUAAAUGUGAGCGGCUGAAGAACCCAGAUAUACAGGUAACCCCUCUAAAACAUACAAAUGUAUGGCGGAAACAUAAUUUUCGAUCCUUGGAUGGAACUUCCACUAAGGCUUUUCAUCCCAGAACUGGAUUGCCUCUGCUUUCAAGUCCUGUUCCUCAGAGAAAAACACAGUCUGGUUGCUUUGAUCUGGAUUCAUCACUGCUGCAGUUAAAAUGUUUAUCUGCACGAAGCCCACAACAAUGUAUAAACAGAGAAAGUGACCCAGAAAGCCAUGGGAAACCAUUUCUAAGUUCUAGUGCUCCACCAGUAACGAGUCUUAGCCUUCUGGGAAACUUUGAGGAGUCUGUCCUGAAUUUCCGCUUAGACCCGCUUGGUGUCGUGGAGGGUUUCACAGCAGAAGUGGGAGCCAGUGGAGUCUUUUGUCCCACGCACAUGACUCUGCCAGUUGAAGUGUCAUUCUACAGCGUUUCAGAUGAUAAUGCACCCUCUCCUUACAUGGGUGUUAUUACUUUAGAGUCCCUUGGUAAAAGGGGUUAUCGGGUACCGCCUUCAGGAACAAUACAAGUGACCUUAUUUAACCCUAAUAAAACUGUGGUGAAGAUGUUUGUGGUGAUCUAUGACUUGAGAGAAAUGCCAGCUAAUCAUCAAACAUUCCUACGGCAAAGAACUUUUUCUGUUCCUGUGAGACGAGAAAUCAAGAGAACUGUCAAUAAAGAAAACAGUCAACAGACCGAAGAACGGCUGCUACGCUACCUCAUACAUCUGAGGUUCCAGAGCUCCAAAUCUGGAAAGAUCUACCUCCACAGAGAUGUAAGGCUCCUGUUCUCCCGGAAAUCCAUGGAAGUUGAUAGUGGCGCUGCAUAUGAACUCAAAUCUUACACUGAAUCUCCAACAAAUCCUCAGUUUUCACCAAGAUGCUAGCAAACAAUGGCAAGCUGAAGUAUUUGUUUUACUGUUGAUAACUCCUUACAAGCAGAUUGGUAGAGGUGACAGUAUAAAGUUAAGUCUGUAAAGGGAUGAAAAUAGCGCUUGAGAGGGAAGGUUCUGAUGUGAUCCUGGACCAGUUUUUAAAAGGUUUCUGGAAUGAGCUUUGUGUAUUCCAAGUAGACUGGAAGCAUACUUUAAUCUUUUUGUACUGUU